AAUCAACGCUUGUUCCCUCUCUCUUUCUUUCUUCCCGAUAAUCAACGCCCAUCCCCAUCUCAUCAAACUCGACCCCUACGACAUAUUGGUUCGUUUCUUUUUCUCGUAUCACUCCCGGACUGACGGCGAGUUACCGAACCCCGGAGACGAUACAAAUAUCAUACAACUCAGUAAGCAUUUUUCGGUCACACAUUACUGACCUGGUGGGGUACGGGGUGCUGAUUUGCUGGCUUUAAAUAGGCAUUCGGUGUAACCAAUAACCUAUGGCACCGUUUCGAUCUACGUUGAACUCGGGUAUGUCCGUCCAAUCUACCGUAUUCUAUGAUUACUGCUAAUAGAGUAGCAUACUUGUGGACCAGGGUCUUGAUUAGGACCCAUCCCGGGCCAUUUAUUGGUGGAGCGUUUGCGGUUACCGGUGCACUCACAGGAUCGCUCCUCCUUGUUCUAGAGAGCCGUGCGGGGCGCCGAGAGGCUGCCAAAGACCUCUCUACGAAAUUUGAACAUCUCGACCAGAAAAUUGUGCACCUCGACCAGAAAACCGACACCAUUGAAAAAACAAUCCAGGAGAUGAAGAAAGCGCUUGAAGAUAAUAAGAGAAUUGCCUUUACCACAGCCCACCUUACAAUGACCGCUCUAUCAGGCAAUAAAAAACCGAUGCAACAGUUUCUCGCAGAUAUCGAGAAAUGCAUAAAAUCUGGGAGAAAGGACUGUGGUGUUACUACAGCUUAAGUCAGUUAAGUCAUAUAUAGUAAUUAUAUCCUAUAUAAACAUUACAACUAAUACGGUAUAUGAAAACCAAUAGGUAUGAUAGGAAGUUUCACCAAAUAUCGCACCCCACCGCAAGCACGCCUCUUCCCCCGCCUGACCCUGGCACUUGAAACCACGAACAAACAGGCAAUAUUUUGUGCCCCAACUCGUUUUUUUCAUUCGUCUAGUAUCAGUGCUUCCAGUCGUCCAGUCCGUCCAAGACGGGGUGAGGACGACGAAGGACGAGACUGUCUCGUCUUUGGACGGGACGGACUGCCUUGGCGCCGUCCUGGACGGGGUGGACGGCCAUCGACUACGGACACGUAAAGUUGCGCAAUGGGACAAAUACUAGUGCCUAAACAAGUUAAGAAAUAAAAUAAAAAAAUAAACAUAAAAAAGAGCUGGCGCUUGAGCAUCCUACCAGGGGUAGUAGUGGGACUAGCGUCGACGGCCGUCGGACGAGGCUCGUCCUCGUCCAGACGACCUUGGCGUCGUCCCGUCCGGACGAGGACGACAACCGUCCGACGGCCGUCGACGCCAGUCCGACUGGACGACUGGAAGCACUGUCUAGUAUUCUUAAAGUUUUUUCUUUUUUUUCUUUUUCGGUUCUUAGAGGCUGGUUUGGCGAUUCUUAGAUGAGAUGUUUGUUUGCGAACUCCUCCCCCCUUUUGUGCUCUGUUUGUUUUAACAGGCCAUCUUACACAUUUGACCCCCUCCCCUCCUAAAUGCUAUGUUUGGGCCGCUGUAAUCCGGUCAUGUUUAUAGAGCCUUUGUUUUAUCGUUCUUUUUUGCAUUUUUUUUUUUCUGCCGUUGAAAUGCCCUUUUUAUAAUAUACGAUUGACACGGUGUCCCAC